GUGUUCUACUGUAGCUGAUAGAUACUGAGUAUCCGAGUGUGUUUAGUCGCUUUCGUCGCUUGAAACGUGAAACAUACGACAACAGAAAACGAAAUUGAAAUUGCAACUUUUUGUACGUUACGUCAGUCCGUCGCUGUUGUUUCUUGUCACAGUCGCCGUUGCCGUCACAGUUGCCGUUGCCGUCGCCGUCACAGUCGCAGUUGCAGUCGUCACCGCAUCGGACACUUUUUGGCGCCGUUUUUCAGUGCAGCACUGGCAGUGGCUUUAAAAAAAAUAACCGCGCUUUCAAUUUUUGCUCGUAAACGGUUUUUCUGUUCAAACGUUCACACUGGACGCCGUAAACAGCCGAGAACAGGCUGCAACAAUAUCAACAAUAACAGUAAGACGAGACAGUGAAGCAAAUAUGACCACCUCGACGCCCAACAGCAGCAAUGGCACAAGCAACGCUGCCAACACCAGCAGCAGCAGCAGCAGCAUUAAAACCGAGCACAACCAUCGGGCAACAUCCACAGCAACUUUAUACAACGGCAACAGUCCGGGUGCCACAUCGACAACGGCGGUCAAUAUAGGAUCUACCAAUCGUGUGAUGCAAGCGGACGAGGAUUUCAACAUACGAUUCGUGAAUUUAGUGCGCACGCAUCGUUGUCUAUACGACAAGAAAGUGCCCGAGUAUCGCAACAGAGACAACCAGGAGAAGGCCUGGUCGCUGAUUUCCGAGGACACACGUGAGAGUGUUAUUCACUGCAAGGAGCGUUGGAGGAAUCUGCGCGCCUGCCUCUCGCGUUACAUUAAACAGCAGAGUGGUUCCGAGCCACAACACAAGCCAUACUAUCUCACGGAGCACAUGGCAUUUCUGCUACCAUUCCUGAAGUCGACAAGGAACUCACUGGAUGGCAACAAUAGUCUCGCAUCGCUAUACAAGUUCUCCCAGCAACAUUUGCAUUUCCAACAGCAUCAGCAACAUCAGCAGGAGCAUUUGUACUGCAAUAAUAACAACAACAACAACAACCACAACAAUAAUAAUAACAAUACCAUUGGUCUAAAGAAUGAAUCGCUUGAGCUGAAGCAGUCGCUCUCUGAGAACGAUGAUGAGGAGACAAUUGAUGCUUUCGAUCCCGCCAUAGCUGCACAAUUGGGCCUGCAACACGCAGCCAGCACACCUGGUGGCAAUGCGAUGACAACUCCAGGAUCGCCGGCACAUAGUGAAACGGCCAGCGCCAAUAGUCUACAGAAUUUCAUACCCGAUGUGCAGCUGGCCGAGUCUGGUCAGGAUUUGAUAUACAACGAUGCUUGCUCAACGCCACUGCAUCAUCAGGCGUCACAUUUCCACAACCAUUCGCUGCAUCAGCAACAGCAGCAGCAACAGACGCACCUUGAGCCCUGCAGCGCCAAGCGGAUCAAGACCGAGUGCGAGGCAACCACAACGAGCAGUGGCUACUUUGGUAACCUUAGCGUUACCGAGCACACGGACAUGGAGUUCUUUCGCAGCAUUCUGCCGGAUAUUGCAGCUUUGACGCCGCAGCAGCGUCGCAAGUUCAAAAUUGGCAUACUCGAGCUCAUUGAUGAUGUUGUGGAUCGUUAUCCCGCCCAGGAUCGCUACAACGGUGGACUGGCCAAUGGAAGCGGUGCGAGCAGCACCGCAUCCGCUGCUGGUGUUGCUGGUAACAGCCCAGUGGUCAGGCAACAGCGUCGCAGUUCUGGACGGGAUUGGCGCAAGUAAAUUUUGAUACCAUAACUUAGAUUAAGUUGAACUAGUUGGAUGUUAAGAGUUGUGAAAUAGCUGUGAAGACUACAAAUGAUAACGAAGCGAAUACCAAAAAAGAAAUAUAUAUAUAUAUAUAUAGCAUAUAUUAUGAAUGUUAAAAAAUAUUUUUUUAAAAGUAAAAAGUGGCACAAGUUUAAUUUUUAAAGAUACUUUUUAAAUGCUAAAUAUUUUCCAACAUUGAUUCAUUCAUUUUUUUAAUAAUUUAUUCUUUGUACAGUUUUUUAAACACAAAUAUUUCACGAUUUAUGUAAAAAGUGAUUAGUAUCUGGUUUCAAGCAACUUAAAACAUUAUAAAAUCCUAAUUAAUUUAAAAAAAAUGUACUUUCAAUGAUACAUUUGAUCUACUAAAAUGAACUUAUUUUAAGCGCAGACUUUUGUGAUAGCUAAUAAUGAUUUGUAUAAUACUAUUUUGCUCAUUUUUGAAAGUCCAGAUGCAUUUUUUUCCUUCGAAGCGCGAUAAUUAUUAUUUUUUAACACAAAACAAAACUGAAAUCAUGAAAAUUAUUUGCACAGUUCCUUCACAACUCUUGUGUCUACUGCUGUUCACUGUCCAUGUGUUGUGCUCAAUGUGUUAGUUCUAGCAAUUAAGUUACUGAAAUGCGGCACUGGCCUAUUGGGGCUGCUGCACUUGCUACAUGUUGUGUUUACAUAGAAUAAUGUAUAUAUAUAAAUAUAUAUAGGAAUGGAUGUUAUGCUUAGUGCGUAUGUGUGUAGGCUAAGUAAUAGAAUUGAUGUACAAAAUCGUUGCAGAUUAGAUUUAAAGAAAGAAAAAACGCUGCGAGAGAUUCCUAAAACUCGCACAAAACAAACAGUCGUGUCAAAUAAUAAACAAAUGAAUGUAUGAAAAUAUUACAUUAUACACUUUAUUAUCAAACUCAAAA